AAAACAACGAAAAUCAAUUCCGGGCCGUGACGAGUGUUAGGACUAUCAAGGACCUUCAAGGACGAUUACGGAGAUGGAUGCGGUGCAGCUGCCCACCAUUGAGCUGCAUGCGCACCUGAACGGCAGCAUCAGUCCCGCCACCAUGCGCCGCUUGCUGGAGGCAAAGCGAGGCAUCCUGCCAGCAGAUGAACUUGCGCGCAUCCAGCAUUUGGUGGACGACACGAAACGCGACCUUCAGACGUGCUUUGACCUGUUUGGAUGCAUCUACAAGCUCGUGGACAACCUUGCAGCCUUGGAGAUGAUUACACGGGACGUGCUGCACGAGUUUCAAGCAGACGGUAUCGUUUACCUGGAACUGCGGUCAACACCAAAGGCAUUCGCAGACUCCACCAAGCAACAGUACGUGGAGACCAUCCUCCGAGUCAUGGACGCGUUUCAGGCGGAGCACACAAUGUGGUGUCGUCUCAUCAUCAGCAUCGACCGCACAAAGGGCAGCCAAGAGAUGACACUGCAUCUCGCUGAGCUGGACACCCCCGAUGAGGCUGCUGUGCUCCUGGCCACCAACCCAGACCGCAUCGGCCACGGCACCUUCCUCACAUACACGCGCGCUGAUGAUGGCGAUGGCGGGGAUGAGGAUGAUCGUGGUGAAGGUAAUGGUUGUGGCGACGAUGCAGGUCGUGAUUGUGGUGAUGGUGAUGACAACAAGCAGCCAGUGCGGGGUGGCGUUUGCAUGGACAACCAUCGCCACGUGCCGAUUGAGGUGUGCCUCACGUCAAAUAUCCGGUGCAAGACUGUCGACACUGCCCACAACCACCACAUUAGCGACAUUGUUCGUGCGAACCAGCCGUUCUGCAUCUGCACAGACGACAAAGGCGUGUUUGCGACGACGGUGUCGCGGGAGUGGGAUCUUGCCAUCUCGUCGGGCCACCUGCAGCAGAGCGACGUCACUUGGCUCACCACCAUCACGACCGCGUACACCUUCUUGCCAACGGCAGCAGAGGUGGCAUCAGGGUGCACGGUGGCACCACCAACAAAGGAAGCAGACGUUGCAACCACUGCAACGAUGGAUACGGCAACUGUGGCAAGCACGUCUGGUUCUGCCUCUGUGCACUAUCGACCGCGCGAGACGCAGGAGGCGUUGCUGGAACGCAUGGUGGCCCAGAUCAGGGCUGUUGUGGGCACGGAGGCACAAUGCGCGACACCAGCCGACCUCACCGCACACCACCAGCACCGCCACCAGCAUCGAUGA